CUCGUUAAUAGGUUGAAGACACAUAUAUGGGACCUUUGGUUUGAUUGAUCAGACCACUGUAUAAGUUCACAUUAGAUGUGAAAACUGUACUAUAUAUAGUAACAGGAACGUUCUAACCAAUAAAUAUACAGAAACACAUUAGUGGAGAGGAUCACACCAAGAUGAUUGACUACAGCUUUAGAUGAGAAUGUUGGUGUGUUUUCUGCUGGUGCUUGUCCUAUUGACAUGUACAAAUGGUCAGUUAGAGUGGCAAGAAAUAGCCAGCCCUGUUCUGUCCCCUGACCCCCGUAGAGACGCAGGACUGGGCUAUGAUGCCUCCCGAAAUCAACUUGUCCUGUUUGGAGGUAGACCAGGGACCAAGGAUGAUACAUGGAUAUUUAACAUUAGUUCAGGCACAUGGAGAUCUGUAAAUACCAUAACUCACCCAGCAGCAAGGUUCAGCUUUGUCAGUGGCCUGCAGGGUGACUAUUUCUAUGUAUCUAUGGGAGAGGGACUAGACCGACUAUUCUACAACGACAUAUGGCGCUUCAGUCUGGUAACAGAGACCUGGGAGGAAUUGCCUGCUCAAAAGAAGCCGGACCAUCUUAGUGCCAGCCAGUGGGAUGAGAAGACGAUGGCCACCAUGCCAGAGGCACGCUACGGUGCCGCAGGUGGCAUCCACUCUCAGGGAUCCAGCCUUUUUGUCCACCAGGGCUUUUCAACCCGUCGCUACUUUGAUACCUUUUCCUACAAUGUUUUAAAUCAAAGCUGGUCUGCAGAGUAUUGUGCUGGCUCUGUGUGUAACCCGUACAACCCAAGCUACCCCCACGCCAGGUGUCUACACGCCGGAGCCAUGGCCGCUCCUCAUCAGUUAGUCGUGUUUGGAGGAUGUAUGAGUGGAGGAUUAACAGGGGGCCCCUGUCCCUCAGGAGACUCCUGGAUCUAUAACAGUCAAACCAACUCAUGGACAAGGAUAGAUGGCUGUCCCACUCCAAGGGUUUAUGGAACAAUGGCAGCAAUUCCUAGCUCUGAUGGAAGCCGCAGAUUGGUCUUAUAUGGAGGUGUUGAGGAGCUCCGUCAGGUCCUCAAGACAAGCGUUUCUGAAGCUGACGAAGUGUCUGUUUUAGACCCAGAUGGUCUGGUAUGGUAUCGACAAAAAGCCACGUAUCUGACUUCUCCUCCAGCAUUGCGUGCGUCGUCCUCCAUGGCAACUACUUCCACUGGUGUUUACAUGUUUGGAGGGAUUUUAUUAGAAUCAGGAGAUGUCACCAACGACCUGUGGCUACUGAGUGGCACAGCCGCAGACACCACGACGGCCCGCAUGCUGCCAUGCACCAAGCACUUUGCUAAUUGGAUUCUCCUUCAUGGUAUCUUUAUGACAUUCGGUUGGGGUGGCUUCCUCACCUGGGGAGCACUCAUUGCUCGGUAUUUCAAUGCCAAAGGCAAACUUUGGUUUAAGUUCCACGUAUCAUUUCAGGUGAUAGGACUAGUGCUAGCUACAAUUGGUACAGUGUUUGCAGUCCUCUCCGUACAGUCUCAACAUUUCAUGUUUGCCCAUGGCAUAAUAGGUAUUGUUGUGAUGCUACUAGGCCUUCUCCAGCCUUUCAAUGCAUUCUUCCGCGGCAACAGACCAGAGGUAGGACAGUCGAGAACUUUGCGUCGAAAGAUUUGGGAAUUUAUCCACCAUUUUAGCGGUCGCAUUGCUGUUUUGCUGGCCCUUAUAAAUAUAAGCUUGGGCGUGUUUUUGGCAGUAGUACAAACCACUCUCUGGGCUCUCUGGUAUGCCUACUUUGCUGUGCUACUGGUACUGGUGCUUAUUGCUGAGAUUUUCCGUGGGUUCACCAAGGAAGGACGUCUUCAUCCCCAAGUACGUCCCUCAAAUGAUAAAACCCCCGAGGCAAAUUAUGAAGUUCCUGAGUCCACUGGAAAGACCAACUAUAUCAAUCCAGGAUAUGAUUCCAAAAUCUCGGUGAAAGAAGAUUAGUUUUUGACAUUUUAACUUGUGAUUCUAUUGUAUAUCAAGAGUGGAUACUUACUUCUGAGCUACAUAUGUAUAUGGACAGUUAAUGAUGAAGUAUUGUUUGGACCGCUAGUCCAUUUGUCUAUACAUGUAAUCUAGUUUGGACAAAUUGUCCAUAAAUGUAAUCUUGAUUGACCACUUGUCUGUUUGUCCAUAUAUGUAAUCUUGAUUAGACACUUGUCUCUCAGUUUGCAUUACAGGAUAAGUUGUCAAAACUAAUCACCAUUGAGAAUAUUUCUGUUUGAAAUUGGUAUUUCUAUUUAUAUAUGAUAUUUAGCUGUCGAAAGUUAAGAUAUUCUUUUAUGCGUAAAUUCAGAUAUAAAGUUUAGUAAGACAGCGAUAAACUCAGGUCUGUGUCCCAGUGAUGCCCAGUUUAGACAGAGUUCACUUUACGACCAGAUAUAUCUAUUUAUGUUACGGAAAGUAAAUAAAAAAAGUAAA